AAAUUGCAUUUUCUGAUAUUUUCCAAAAGGAGCCGAUGAACUGCGUAGAAACAAGUCUCCAGCUGCCGAUCGUCAACGCUCAUCCCUAACCAGUCGAUUUCCUUGAAAUUCUUGCCGCUCUUGCUCUCAGGCGGUAAGGAUGUCAACGCCAGCUAGGAAAAGAUUGAUGAGGGAUUUCAAGCGCCUGCAGCAAGAUCCACCGGCAGGCAUCAGCGGGGCUCCUGGCGACAACAACAUCAUGCAAUGGAAUGCUGUUAUAUUUGGUCCUGACGACACACCUUGGGAUGGAGGAACAUUCAAGUUAUCACUGCAGUUCAGUGAGGAUUAUCCUAACAAGCCACCAACAGUACGGUUUAUUUCCCGAAUGUUCCAUCCUAACAUUUAUGCUGAUGGAAGCAUUUGUUUGGAUAUCCUACAAAAUCAAUGGAGUCCGAUAUAUGAUGUAGCCGCUAUACUUACUUCAAUCCAGUCACUGCUAUGUGAUCCAAACCCAAACUCCCCUGCCAAUUCUGAGGCAGCGAGGAUGUUUAGCGAGAACAAGCGUGAAUACAACAGGAAGGUACGCGAGGUUGUUGAGCAGAGCUGGACUGCCGAUUAAUGAAUGCUGCUUCUGCUGCCGCACACACCAUGUUUGCUUCAUGCACCCUCUCCUUUUGUUUGUUGUUUGCCAUUAUUUUAUUAUUGUGUCCUUUUGAAGGUCUCGUGUUCUAGGAGACUAUUUUGUUAUGUGUGCUGCUGCUGCUGCUUUGUUGAGACUUUUGUACAUAUAAUUUCCUGUAUGUGUCCCGCCCGUGUGGAAUUUGUACCAUAACGUUUACGCACAUAAUAAUCGUAUCUGUAUUGUUUGAAGAUCAUCUUGAACAAACAAAUCAUCUAUGAUUUG